AUAACUUAACCGGUUCAACCUGAAACUUUGUUAAACCUCUUCAUCCUCUCACCGCCUCUCUCGUUCGCUUCGAACUUCGCAGCAGAAAUGGCGGCUCAUUUGAAUCAUAAUGCAUCUUUGGGGAUCAGAAUAGCUCCUUCAGCUUCUCAGAAACUCUCUUUAAAACCCAUAGCUCAUAUCUCGCCACCAGCGAAGCUCAAACCCUCUUCUCAGCCGUCGAUUUCGUGCUCUACUUCGAUUCCAGGUCAAAUUCCGGCCAGAGUAUCCGGAAUAUUCGCAUCUUCCUCUCACGAACCGCCAGAAUCUGACUCUCUGUCCCUUGGAAAGAAGAAGCUGCGUGUGGUGGUGAAACCCCUGGACAAACCAAGAGUGGUACUAAAGUUCGUGUGGAUGCAAAAGGACAUAGGUGUCGCACUAGACCAGACCGUACCAGGCUUCGGAACAAUCCCACUCAGUCCCUACUACUUCUGGCCUAGGAAAGACGCUUGGGAAGAGCUCAAAACUUUAUUAGAAAGCAAGCCUUGGAUCUCCGAGCUUCACCGCGUCUUCCUCCUCAACCAAGCUACAGACAUCAUCAAUCUCUGGCAAUCAAGCGGCGGAGACUUGUUGUCAUAAUCACAAUCCCACUUCUCAAAGUCCAAACCUUUUAUCUUAUUUUGUGUGUUUAUCAAAGUGUUAUCACAUUAAAGACACAGACUUUGAUAUAAAGACAAGGCAAAAAACAAGAAGAGAGUUUCAAUCAA